AUGAGGAUUUACGUGCUUGUGGCUUUCGGGCUGGUGGCACUGGUAGUCACUGCAUCUACGAAAGUCACCCGGGAGAAGAGAUCAGCAGAUUUAGAAACUGCUGCUUCCGGCCACAAAUGGGAUAAAGGUGGUGGUCAUGAGCACCAUGAACAUCAUCACCACGACCAUGGCGGUCAUGGUCAUAAGGGUCACAAAGGCUAUCAUGAUGACCACCAUGGUCACAAAGGCCAUCAUCAUCAUGAAGGACACAAAGGACAUCACGGAGAACACGGUGGACAUAAGAAACAUCAUCAUCACGAUGAAGGUUAUCAUCAUCACCAUGAUCAUGGUGAAAAAGGUGAGCAUGGUCACGGCCACGAAGAACAUGGUCAUUGGCAUAAGGGCCAUGAUACGAAAGGGCACCAUGGUAUUGAGAAACACGAUGAAUUCAAGAAAGACAAACAUUUUCACCACCAUCAUGGCGACAAGGGCCAUCAUGAACAUCACGGGGGCCAUCACCACGAAGGGGGUCACAAGAAGGGAGGACACUUCCACAAAGGGCAUAAGCAUGGAGGACAUCACGAACACAAACAUGGUGAUAAAGGUCACCAUGAAAAAGGAGGGCAUCAUCAUCACCACAAAGGUCACCACGGAGACGGAGGACACCACGAACAUUGGGACCAUCAUCAUAAACACGGAAAAAAAGAUGGUCAUGAAGACCAUCAGCACUGGGGCCACAAAUCUGGUCACUAA